AAGAAGAAGAAGAAGAAGGAGAAGGAGAAGGAGGAGAAGAAGAAGAAACGAUUUAGCAACGCUGCACAAAGCAGUCUUCUUCCCCUACGUUGGUUAAAUGGCAAGGUUGCCUUACUCCCAAAUAUUUCUUGCAGUUUUGCAGUGAUAGAAAAGAAACAAACAACACAGCACAAUGCUUUAUUUAAAGAGGAAGGAAAAGGCAUGCAGGAGCGAGACUCAAAUGCAGCCCUGUCAACCAGUUUCGACAGCUUCCCCCUUCAGCCCCUCUGCAUUUUUGACACCCCCUCCCCCACCCAGCCAGGAGCACAAGGUGUUACUGUAUAUCUGAUAAUAUGAUCAGAAUGUGGAGAAAGCCAAACUUUCAUUGUGCCAAUGAAAAUAAAUGAAUUGAAUAAAUAAAGCACAUCUGGCUUGCCCCCCUCUCGCUCUUUUUUCUCAGAUAUUAAGACACAGACCCACCAGUCCUAAAGGCCAUUCCUUCCCCCCCCCGCCUUACCCUCACCCCCUACCUAGAAUGUCAUGACAAUAAAAGAGGGGGAAUAGAUGAAUAAAGAUAACAAGCUGGGGAAGCACAGACCCGCGCGCACACAACUGAGAAGGGCUCUGAGCUGGAAGGGACAAGAUAGUUGCAAAAUAAAAUUUAAACAAGCAAGCCCCCCACCCCACACAUGCACACAAAUCUGUCCUCCUAUGUCCAGAUUGGCAAUAUUUUAUUGAUUUCUUUGCAACCUAAGGACCCUCAUGCUAAAAGUGCAAAUUGUCACUAAAUGACUUCCAAAAAAAAAAAAGGCUGAGGAAGCAACCUCCACGCCUGCCGAUCCCCCCUACCCCCAGUAGGUGGCGCGCUCCGCCAACAAGGAACAAUCUCUGUCUUAUGGAUUUUUUUUUUUUUUGGAAGCCUUGCAUUGACUUGGGCCUAACGAUUCUCAGAUCGUCAUUAUUUGUAACCAUAGAGCAUGAAUUACCUCUUGAGGUCAUCAGUGAGAAUUUACGACUGGUCAACAAAAGCACGUGAUUCCCAAACGCCCCCCCACCCCCCAUAUUUGGCCGCAUACAUAGCAAAAACGAAGUACAGUGCAUUGCUAUAAUUCAUUAAUACAUCAUAAAUCGUCAAGCACAGGGUUAUAACGACCACGAGCCACAAAUCAAGCCCUCCAAAAUAACCCAAAUGAGCUCUUACUUUGUAAACUCGUUCUCAGGGCGCUAUCCAAAUGGCCCCGACUAUCAGUUGCUAAAUUAUGGGACCAGCAGUUCUAUGAACGGUUCUUACAGAGAUUCAAGCACCAUGCAUUCCAGCUCGUAUGGCUACAACUACAAUGGGAUGGACCUUAGCAUCAACCGCUCAGCCUCUUCUAGCCACUUUGGGGCUGUGGGGGAAAGCUCCCGCGGCUUCCCUUCACCAGCUCAGGAGAGCAGGUUUAGGCAAGCGUCUAGCUGCUCCUUGUCCUCUCCCGAGCCCCUUCCGUGCGCCAACAGCGAGAGCCAUGGAGGCAAAUCUGCCCCGUCCCCCUCCGACCAGGCUACUUCUGCUAGCGCUAACACAAAUUUCACAGAAAUAGACGAGACCAGCGCGUCCUCUGGACCCGAAGAGGGCACUCAAAUAAACAGCAGCAUUCCCAGGACACAGACAGAACCCAUCGCUACCUCCACAGCAGCAACAGAAGGGCAAACACCACAGAUAUUUCCUUGGAUGAGGAAGCUUCAUAUUAGCCAUGACAUGACUGGACCAGACGGUAAAAGGGCCAGGACCGCGUACACUCGUUACCAGACGCUGGAAUUGGAAAAGGAAUUUCACUUCAAUAGAUAUCUCACGCGCAGGAGGAGGAUAGAAAUCGCCCAUGCUCUGUGUCUCUCCGAGAGGCAAAUUAAAAUCUGGUUCCAAAACCGGAGAAUGAAGUGGAAGAAAGAUAAUAAACUGAAAAGCAUGAGUUUAGCCUCUGCGGGCAGCGCCUUCCAGCCAUAAAUUAUAGAGAAAGGGGGUAUCAAAAAAAGGAGGGGGGGAUAAUAAAAGCAAAUUUAAAAAGCAGCAGCCUAUCUAAGUUUCAGAGUACUGUACAGUGAGGCACCUUUUUCGGCAUGUUGUUGCUGUUUGAAACAACUCGUAUGGUACUGUUAUCACAGGACUGAGUUCAUGUUGUGUUUUUAAUUUUUUUUUAUAUUUUUUUUUAAUUAAAGUUUAUUUCCAGAUGCUCCUCCAUGCUCUUGAUGUUCUUCUAAAUGUUUGUGCCAGUGCUAUCUUGAUGCUCUCUGGAAAGCUAGCAUGUUUUAUGUGAGCCCUUUGAAUGUUAUAACUUAUUUAUAAAAUGGAUAACAGAUACGGUUGUUUGUUUAUUUGUUGGGUUUUUUUCCUGAGUUUACAGCUUCUGGGGGGAGGACUUCUCUGCCUGAGCUAAAAUCGGGGGUUCCUGCACUACAAUAGCAGAAAAAAAUAAAAAAAAACAAACAAAAAUGUAAAAAAAAAAAUAUAGCUCUUGUAUCUUUUUGUCUUAAAAUUGUCAAGUCUGUGAUUUAGUUCAAACUCCAGGACAUGGUUUCUAGUCCCAGACUAAAUCUGAGACAUGUUCUUAGACGUGGGUAAACUUCACUAUUAAAAAAAAUGUAUAAAAUUGGACCAACAAUAAAGUGUUCCAAUGUUUGUAAAUACUAGAAAUAUUUCUGAUGUGACUAAUAGACGGUUUGUAGUGGGCAGAGUGAAUGCAGUGUUAUGUGUAAAAUGGCAUCUGUCAUGUCUAGCUGCCUGUUAGUAUUUUGCCAAGAAGCUUUUUGUAUUUGUUUGUAGCUUUACUGGAAGUCAAAUAAACGUCUCUGCUA